CGCUCCAAAACCUGAGCUCCUCUGUUCUGUUCCCUUCUCCACCUAUCACCUCUCCUCGGAUCGUCAGCAACAGCGGCGGCGAUGUCGGCGGCGCCGGUAGUGGACGCGGAGUACAUGGCGGAGGUCGAGAGGGCGCGCCGCGACCUGCGCGCCCUCAUCGCCAGCAAGAGCUGCGCUCCCAUCAUGCUCCGCCUGGCGUGGCACGACGCCGGCACGUACGACAAGGCGACGAAGACGGGAGGGCCCAACGGCUCCAUCAGGUUCCCGCAGGAGUACAGCCACGCCGCGAAUGCGGGCAUCAAGAUUGCUAUUGAUCUGCUAGAACCGAUGAAACAGAAGCAUCCCAAGAUUACCUAUGCUGACCUGUAUCAGCUUGCCGGAGUUGUUGCCGUUGAAGUCACCGGUGGGCCAACUAUAGAUUAUGUUCCUGGCAGGAGGGAUUCUUCAGAUUCCCCAGAGGAAGGCCGUUUGCCAGAUGCUAAGAAAGGUGCUGCGCAUCUGAGGGAAGUCUUCUACAGGAUGGGCUUAUCAGACAAGGACAUAGUAGCACUCUCAGGCGGCCAUACUCUCGGGAAAGCUCGUCCCGAAAGAUCAGGAUUUGAUGGUGCCUGGACAAAGGAUCCACUGAAAUUUGACAACUCCUAUUUCAUUGAGCUUCUGAAAGAGAAUUCAGAAGGGCUUCUGAAGUUGCCUACUGACAAGGCUCUUGUUGAAGAUCCUACAUUCCGCCGCUAUGUCGAACUAUAUGCCAAGGACGAAGAUGCAUUUUUCAGGGACUAUGCAGAGUCGCACAAGAAGCUAUCUGAGCUGGGGUUCACGCCUCCUCGCUCUGCAUUCAUCUACAAAUCAUGCCAGAAACCAAAGUCCCUGUUGAUGCAAACUGCAGCUGGGGUUGCAGUUGCUGCUGCAGUUGUCGCAUGGGCUUACCUCUGUGAAUCCAACAAGAGGCUUGGCUAAUUUAAUUUGCAUCGAUCACAAUGAUCGUUAUUUCGUCUCAACCACUAAUGGCUGUACAAAAAGAAGGUACUCGAUUGGAACAUUUGGAUGAUGUAUAUGUGUUUGUUGGUAUAUAUAUGUGAGUGCUGCUAAGUCUGCUAUGUUGUAACGGUGUACAAAGAAUGAAAUAAAACAACAGCCAAUGGUUGUAGUUAGA